AAAUAUAUGAAUUGGUGAAGAAAGAUUGAGUGGAAAUAUUCUGUUAAAAGUGUGUGCUGAAGGCUAAAAUCCACAAAAAUUUAACAUGUUUAUCCUGAAAUUACAUAUAAUGUUUACACAUUUCGUGUUGUUGCUGUUGUUGACAUCAAUGCUAUGUCUGCAACAGUGCACGGACGCUUACCGCCACAAGGCGGCCAAUUACGAACUCUUGGACAACGACUCUCGCUUCAUAUCAUAUCAAGAUUUAAUGUCGACCUCGAAACGUUUCAACGAUCCAAACACGACUUACUUUUCGCAAAUGUUAUUUGAUGUGGCGCGAAAUCAGGUCAUUGUUGGUGCACGCGACUCAAUUUAUCGCAUGUCCUUCGAUUUGGAGCCACUGGAGCGUGCCAUUUGGGCAGCACCGCCCGAACAGAUCGGCAUUUGUCAGGUAAAAGGCCAGUCGGAGCGUUUGUGUCGCAACUAUGUGCGCGUACUGCAAAGCUAUGGUGAGAAUCAGUUGUACGCGUGUGGGACGAACGCCUUUCAGCCGCAAUGUUCAUGGCGCCAGAUGGAGAACCUUACCAUUGUGGCCUAUGAUAAUGGGGUGGGAAAGUGUCCCUUCAAUCCGCAUUCGAGCAUAACGAGUCUAAUGUCCAGCACUGAUAAAAUGUUUGUGGGCACAGCGACGGAUUUCUCAGGUGGCGAUGCGGCGAUUUUGCGCACCGAGGUGCAACCAAAGAAAAUUUUCGGAUAUCGGCACAUUGUACGCACGCAGCAAUACAACAACAAUUGGCUGAAUAAUCCGCACUUCGUGGGCAGCUUUGAGGCUGGCAGUUUUGUUUACUUCCUCUUCCGCGAGCCGGCCGUGGAGUACAGCAAUUGGGGCAAGAUAAUCUACUCGCGCAUUGCACGCGUUUGCAAAAAUGACGUCGGGGGCGAUCACAUUUUGAAAAACAGUUGGACUUCCUUCGUCAAGGCGCGCUUGAAUUGCUCACUACCUGGCGAAUAUCCGUUUUAUUUUGAUGAGAUACACGGCAUGACCUACUCGGCGGAUGAAGAUGUACUAUAUGCGACCUUUUCAACGCCAGAGAACAGCAUUCAUGGCUCAGCGGUCUGUUCGUACAAUCUCUCUGCCAUAAACGCCGCCUUUGACGGCCCAUUCCGCUACCAAGACUCCGCCGACUCCGAUUGGCGUGUGGUAGAUAUGCCUCAUCGCGGUCAGUUCGAAUGUGAGACUCCCUCGCCAGAUAUGCGAUACAAACGUCUGCUCGAGUCAUCGAAAUUCCAACUUAUGGCUCAAGCCGUACAACCAAUGACCGAUCAGCCGCUGUACUACUCUAAAUUGGAGCGUUUCCAGCAUGUAGCUUUGGACACAUUGCAUACGAAAACCGAGAAGGUGCAUGUCUUGUUCAUUUCGACGGAAGAUAAGCGCAUAAAAAAACUGUCGGUCAAGCAUCAGUUAGAAGAGCGUCGUGCACAGACGUGCCUGAUUGAGGUGUGGCAGUCGGCGGAGUAUAGUGGCGCUGAUGGCGCGAUUUUAAAAAUGGAGUAUCUGAAAGUAACCGAGUCGCUGUAUCUUGGCACGGAGCAGUCGCUAGUGCGCAUACCAGCGCAGCGUUGUAGUCGUCAUGUGUCGCAAAGCAGCUGCCUGAAUGCUAUGGAUCCGUAUUGCGGUUGGAAUGAGCUGAUUGAGCGUUGCACGCCACAGGAAUUGGUGCAGCAAUUGAACAAGUUUUGGCUACAACCCGAUACUUUGCAGUGCCCCAUUUUGAACGCACCCAUCGACGGCGCUUGGUCUACCUGGUCGGAGUGGUAUAAAUGCAAGAAGCAAGGCGAUGAUGAUGGCAAUUGUAUGUGCCGCUCGCGUGAAUGCAACAAUCCAUUGCCGCAAAAUGGUGGGCGUUCCUGUGAUGGCAUAACAACAGAAGUGACCAACUGUACCGUGCAUGGUGAUUGGACGAACUGGUCCGAAUGGUCCGCUUGCUCGCAGUCCUGCGGAAUUGCAGUGAAGACGCGUCGACGCUCGUGUGGCAAUCCGAAACCAGCGCACGGUGGACGCACCUGCGUAGGUGAUGAUCAUCAGGAGAUGUAUUGCCGUCAUUUACCACCUUGCCCCACACCGAAGUUGCAAGCGAUCGAUGGCGGCUGGGGUCCUUGGGGUGUGUGGAGCGAAUGUAGCGCCCAGUGUGGCGGUGGCUUUCGUAUACGUCGCCGCGAAUGCAACGAUCCGGCGCCACAAAACGAUGGCCAGGAAUGUCCAGGUUGUGCUAUCGACUAUGAAGUGUGCAAUGUGCAUGCCUGCCCCGAAGUGAAGAAACUAAGUUCGUGGACGCCUUGGUUGGUGGAGUACAACGACAGUCGCAAAAGCGCAGAAGCCAGUGGCGCCUAUGUCGAGCGUCGGUUUAGAUACGCCUGCCGUGGUAGUACCACCGAUAUGAACAGCUUGCGCAUAUCAUUAGCUAAGGAAGAGACGCGCACAUGCCAUGCGGAUGGCAGUUGCCAACGGCAUCACGAGGUGUACGGCGCCUCAGCGGUUGCAGCUGGCCAACCAGCAGCGGCAGAGGAGCGUGAAGAGCAUAGUGAAUGGGGUCCAUGUAGUGCUAGCUGCGGUGGUGGCAUGCAAUAUCGCCUACAUGAAGUUGGUGGUGGGGGCAAGCAUCGAGGACGUCAUGCCACACUAGCGCGUGUGUGCAACAUACAAGCUUGUGAAGAACCGGCCGCGGCGCCGGCAGCGAAUCUGAAUGAGGUUGUGUUGGCGCAUGAGUGGGGUUGUUGGACCGAUUGGUCACCAUGCUCGGUGACUUGCGGCAUGGGUAUUAGACGACGCACACGCCGGUGCCUGGGCGGCCACGACAAGCUGUGCAAUGGGAAGGCUAUUGAGGAGGAAAAGUGUGCCAUGACGCCUUGUACUGAUUUUGUUGGUUGGAGUGCAUGGAGCGCUUGGUCGGAAUGCUCCAGCGAUGGAAUACGCAUAAGACAUCGCAAAUGUUUGGUAGAUGUGCCCUCACCGUCCGAGUGCCGUGGUGCUGAGUUUGAGAAGACUGCAUGCGUGGCGAACGAAUAUGAAGCCGUCCGCCUAUCGUCUUCCACUUCAUGGCCUUGGAUCAUCCUACUAGUAUCUAUAAUCUACAUCGCCACCAUCAUUGGCACUUUCUAUCUGACCAAACGUUUUAUGAAACCCAUCGAUCUGGGAUUGAAUAAGAAUAACACACCUGCUGCGCCCAACUACGACUCCUAUGCCAAUCAGUAUUCCAGUCUACCGACAAAGGAUUCUUUAAAUUUACAGAUCUACGAGGUGCGACCGAAAGUGAAACGACAAUCCAGUUUCAAUAUGUGCUCACCAUCGCCAUCGAAGAGCUGCAAUACGGGCACACUAACGCGAAAUAAUAUGACACACAAUCACACACCCAAGGUGUUGGCGAAGACCUACAAUGACUGCGAGACGGGCACAUUGAAGCGCAACUCCCAUCAGCUGAACAAUUAUCGUUCGAAUAUUGAUGAUGAGAAGUUCUAGUGGCGCAAAGGCAAUGGGCGGUAUUGCACUACCACCACGCAAGAGGGGUGAAAGCGCGUAUUGGAUGUGGCUAAAGGAAGCGCUUCAAAAGCUUCUCAACUGAGCACUGAUGUGUGUGAACAGUGCCUUUAUUAUAGUAGACUAAAUAUACUCGUACCUUUGGUUGCCCAAAUGUGCCCUUAGCUGCUUGGCAGCUUGCCGAGAUGCGUCUUAAACUGGUUACGUCAACUGGUUAUGUAGAAUUGUGUAAAUAUGUCUGCGGAACGCUUCGUGAAAUGUUGUAUAGUAUCAUUUUGUGUGCCAUUAGAGGCGCUAAGUCUGCCACAAAAAAAACACGAAAAAAUAAGAAGAAGAAUAAAUAGUAAUACAAAACAUAUUCAACUCGAAUAUGUUUUUCAGGAUGUUGAUCUACAGUAAAAUAAGAUUUCUACAUUUGUUGUUGUAAGCGCUUUGCUAAGAGAAAUGUUUGUCCAGUGAAGUGCAUUUACUAGUUGUAAGCCAGAAAUGACUCAUAUUGAGUCUUUAUUUUUAAUUUAAAAGAACUUUUUUUUUAAUAGUGCAUAAUUUAGUGUGUAUGAAUUUUUAUAUGUAUAUGUAUUUAUAAAGUAGUUAAGGAUAUAAAUUUAGUGGGAAAAUUUAUCGAGAACGUAGACAAAUAAGCUUAGCUGCAAUCUUGGCCUUAUUAAUUACAAUUUUAUUUAUCGCAAUUAAAAACUUUUUUCUAUUAAUUUCUAAUUUUUUUAACGCAAAUAAGCACUUUUUGUUUUUUGUGCUUUUUUAUUAAUUUAUGAAACUUUUAUUUAUCGCAAUUAGAUUUUUUUAGUUUCAAAAUGACAAAAAAUUAUGAAAAAAUUUAGAUAGCAAACAAUUUAGAAUCAAACAACGACUACCAAAAAAUUAGGAACAUUUCUUAAUUAAUUUUCAACAUUUUUAGAUGAAAUUCUUUGAAAUUCUAGCGAUAAAGCAGUAUUGAAGUUAUUUACAUAUGAGUACAGGGCCCGGCACUCGAAGUGUAACCAAUUAAAAAGGCCACAAAUUUAGUUUGGAAAAUUAUUUUUAUUCCAUUCAAGGUAAAAAAUGUGUGAAAAUAAUACAAAAUUAAGAAUCUAUUUGCUUUUGCUCGAUAUGACCACCUUUUGCCUUGACCAUGGUCUUGAGACGGUCCAUGGUUUUUUAGCCAUUCGUGGUUAACUCGAGCUUUGUGAGACGAUGCCGAGUCCUGUUGAAACGUCCAUGGUCUGCCACCGACUUUAAACCAAACUCCAGAAUACUUUCCCGAUAAUAAUUCGCAUUUACAUUGACGCUCGAUGAAAAUGAUUGGAGAGCGCCCAUCUGCGGUUACAGCGCUUCUUCACUUUGGAACCAUUCAACGUGACGUUGCAGUCUUUUGAUGACCACCUCCAUGACAUUUCGCAAUGCUACCAGUAUCAUUGUAAUGAGUAAUGGCGCGAUAAACAAAAACUUUAUUUACUUUAAGGUGUUCGAGCUCAUGGCUGGUUGUGAUUUUCCACCCAAAUAUAAUGCAAUUCCACUAUUACGUUUGAAAUCCAUUACUGAUAUUCUUUUUUCGCGUUUACUCCGGCAAAAUGCUUUCACGCGCUUGUAAACAAUAUUCUUGACUGUCAUUUAGCCAGCUAACUGCGCGAGCGGUCUGAACGUGGUUACACUUCGCGUGUCGGACCCUGUACGAACCUACAGGGACGGCUAUGAAUCACAUGAUGCUCUAAAAUCACACAUACCAGGGUUGCUAUUUAUAUUUACAGCCUAACCAGGGAAAAAUUAACAUUGAUGGUUGAUGAUUCAAAAAAAAAAAAAUUCUGAGAUGAUGAAUGCACUUUUGUAUCAGCUUGAACUUAUUUUCGCAGCACUUUAUGCAGUCGCACUGCAGUACGGUGUUUAGAUUGUGCGGAAUCUAAUGCGAAUAAACUUUUUUAACCAUGCGAAAUCUAAUUGCUGCUCCUCAUACUAAUGCCCGAGAACGACCCAAUCGCAUAGUAGGUGAAAUCACUUAUUCCAAUUUCUUGUUGAGCCAACGGUGGGUGUGCUGAAGUUCGCUUCAUCAGUUUUUUCCGGUGCUAAAGGAUGGGGCUACAGCGCCAUAUAAUGAUUUUGGUUUGUCGAUGCAUUCUUGCCUAUUAAUUCAUUAGAAUGUUCGAGGUUUAAUUCCAUUUUCAUUCAUUCAACAAAUUCAUGAUAAUAAAAUGAAAUGCCUUAAAUAUCAAAUGAUGCCUUACGCUGGCGCGGCGCUUGUGGUAAAAUAUGUCAAACUUUCCAAUGGAAACACCAGACGGCGCCUGGUUUCUGGUAUUAGAAAUGCUCUAGGCCGGAACGAGGCCUAAACACCCAGGGUGCGUGAAAAAGAAUUUGGAGUAUGCAGAAAUGCUGCUUUGAAAUAAAAUAAGUUAAAAGGACUUUUUUAAUAUUUUUAAUAAUUUUUUAUUUUUUUGAUUAUUUUGAUUUCAAAUUUCCAAUGCGCAUUUAUUAAAGGUGGUGGCACUAGACCAGCAACAAUGUUUUAUACGUUUGAUUGUCACGGAAAAGUAUUGGAAAAGUAGAAAACAAAACAUUAAUUCGCCUUGUUUUAUUCUGUGCUGACAGCCACAUGGACAUAGCGAAAUAAAAAAAAAACAAAUCAGCUGAUUUACCAACACUUAAAGGUGGUGUUCGCCUUGCAAAUUUCUGAUUACAAAUUUAUUUAUGGUAUAUAAAUUUUUAGCACGUUUUAAAUACAAAAAAUAUAUAUUUUUUCCAAAAAUUCUAAAACAAAAUUUAUACAAAUAUGAAAAGCACCGAAGAAAGGCCAUAGAAAAAGGUAUUUGACUUUAAAACUCCGUAUCAAAAUUUUCGAAAUUGAAAAGAUCUAAAAAUUAUAAAAUUUGUUUCAAAACCUUUUCAGUUAACUGUUUAUAUUAAUAAAGCAUAGAAAAAAAUUAGAAAAAUUUAAAGCCAUGACUUAAAUGCUUGAAUCCUCUUGACAUAGAAUUCCUAAAUUUUCAAA